AUGGAUGCCCUAACAUCGGACAUACAGGAAGAGGCGCCUUGGUGUAUGCUGUUCGCCGACGACAUUGUUCUCGUUGGAGAGGAAGGGCCUGAGAUACAGAGGAGAUUGGCAAAAUGGAAAGAAAGGUUGGAAAACGUGGGUUUGAAGAUCUGUCGAACAAAAACCAAGCACAUGUUUUGUGAUUUUGGUGGUUCUUCAGACUUCACGCAAAUCGCCUUAGAUGGUGUAUCCCUGCCAGUCUGCUCCGACUUCAAGUACCUCGGCUCUAUACUCCAGAACGACGGCAACAUAGACCGGGACGUCGCAAAUCGAAUAAACGCUGCAAUAUCAGUUAGUAUGAACAAGCUUUGCUCCGGUGGCGAUAGGUGUGAAGGUAAAAAGGAGAUGAUCACCGAUCACCUCGAAAUCCACAUAUGA